AAUUGUGUGAAAUCUAAUAGUUUUAAAUUUUUAGAAUAUUUAAAAAUAAUGGCUAAAUUUAUAAUUAUAGCGACUGUGAUUUUAAUUAGUAUUUAUUUGACGGAACAAGCGUACUUUUUGAGUGAAGAAUAUAUAGCUAAAAUUAACGAAGAAUCUAAAACUUGGACGGUAAAUACUUAAUCUUACUCUUACUCUGGUUAUUUUUUUUUAUUUUAUGAAAUAUGAAACAAAAUAAAUAUAUUAUACAUAAUAGUGUUCAGGUCAGCACAUUUAGAAGCUCGGAGAUAACAUUAAAUGUAUCAUUACAUUAGAGAACCUUAAGGGAACUAAAAACAAAAAUCUCAUUUUAAAUUAAAAUAUUUAAUACAAAUCAGUAUGAUUAUAAAGAUGAAUUGUAGUUAUUUUAAUAUUUAUAUGCAACGACGCGACGAUGAAUAGUUAUUGUAAUAUUGUUUACAUUUUGGUUAUUUUACAUUUUAAUAAAUUGGGAACGAAAUCUGAAAUUCUCAACCUUUUUAUGUUUAACACUCGGAUCAAACAUACACCUCAUAUCUGGUAUUAAAAUUUAUAAUGCUUAUAAAGGGUUAUUCUUCGUAAAGUUAAAAUUUUUUUUUAAAAAAAAAUCUUUUAAAAAUUUAAUAAACUAAUAAAUCUAAAAUGUUACAUCACCAUUAUGUUUGGGGGUGAAAUGAAUAUUGAUUUUUGGUUUUCAAAUGAUUAACUAUAUUAUAAGUUUCAUACAUAGUUUGAAUACUAGAUUAAAUACAUUUUGGUGUCAACAUUUAAAAUCUCCGUCAAACAGUUCACAAAAUAUUCUACUUUUAAGUUUGGGUAGGGGGAAGUCGUGGAAGUUUUUCAAACUAUACUUUGCGAAAUAAUAAGUGUUCAACGUGUAAAGAAUCACUUUAUUUAUGCAUGUAUAAAUUAUUAAAUCCAUAACAUAAAUUUGUUUAUUUGAGUUUCUUAUGUAAAAUAUUUGUUUGAUGAUUACAUAAUUUGUUAAAUGUAUGGUUUUAAAGUACGUGUAAACUAUUUUGUUAAUAUAUCAUGAUAAAAAUAACGUUAUAAUUUUUAUUUCACGGGACAUUGACAUUUUUUCAUGAAAUACAAUCCAAACGAACUAUUUGUGCUCUUUAGGCUCAACAAAAUUUUCCACCGGAUACGUCAGAAAGAGAUAUUAAACGACUUUUAGGUUUAGGAGAAUCUAAACGGUUAACGGAUGCUCUGAAACGCCUAGUUGAGAAUAGUGAUGCUCCAUUGCACAAAGACAAUCAUUUCUCUUUUAUGCCAAAACGGUUUGACGCUAGAAACCGUUGGAAAAAAUGUACAACGAUUGGUGAAGUCCGCAAUAUGGGUAACUGCGUUGCUUGUUGGGUAAAAAACGAAUGAAUCGCUAUUGUUUCAUAAUAAUAAUAAUAAUAAUAAUAAUAAUAAUAAUAAUUUGUAUUAACUUUAUAAACGAUAUAGGCACAUAGUACUACAGGAGCGUUCGCAGAUCGAUUGUGUAUAGCGACACGCGGAAAAUUCAAUCAGCUCUUGUCUGCUGAAAAUCUAGCGUUCUGUUGUCCCUAUUGCAGCGGAGGAUGUCAUAGUGAAAAUUUUUCGCCAUACUUAGCUUGGGUUUAUUUCCAGAUAAAUGGCGUAGUGACAGGAGGAAAUUAUAAUACUUCUGACGUAAACAAAAUUAGACUAUUAAUAUAUUAGCCACUAAAUGUAAUACCGUACGAUAUUGUACAUAAUACGGUAUGUUAAACAUUAUAUACAGGGAUGUCAACCUUAUCAAAUACCACCGUGCAUUCGGCAUCAUAAAGGACCGGGCUCGUGUUCGGAACAACCGCCAAUGGAUGAUCCUCAGUGUACCCAGACAUGUUACGGAGACGAAUCGAUCGACUAUAACAACGAUCUUCGUAGAGGUCUGGUACACUCGUACUCAUUAAUACUCAUUAAUGCGUGUACUGAUUUUUUGGGAAAAUCGUAUACUUACUACAGUAUUUUUCUUGUAUUUUUAGUUAAAAAAGUCUAUACAUUAACUAACGCUGUAAGCAUGCAGAGAGAUAUAUUCAUACACGGACCCAUCGAAACAAAAUUUUCAGUUUAUAGUGAUUUUCUGAGUUAUAAAUCUGGUAAGUGUACUUUAUAGGUAUACAAUGUACACCUAUGUGUCAUAUAAAUGUAUACAUAUAUACAUUUAUAUGAAAAAAUAGUAUUUAAAUUUAUAAAUAUAUUGUAUAGUCAUCACGUAUAAAUAUUGUGUCAAAUUAUGGCAUUAGGAGUUUAUGUUAAGUCUUCAAACACUACAUAUUUGGGAGGACUUUCUGUCAAAGUAAUCGGAUGGGGUGAAGAUAACGGUGUACCGUAUUGGUUAAUGGUCAACUCGUGGGGAGUGGAGUUUGGGGAUCAAGGAUUGUUUAAAUUCCUCAGAGGACAAGACCAUUGUGGAGCCGAAGAAGGAGCCACAGCAGGCAUACCACUAUAACAACAUAGGAAAUAAGGUGUUUUAAUUUAUUUAACAAUAAUUGAAAAUAUUACUUCAUCUAAACCUAUAAAUAGUGUAAAUACUAAUUAUUAAAAUGUUUAUUUUAGGAAUUAUUUAUAAAUUUACUUACUAGGCUUCCUCAUAAUGUUUUUCUUUAGUUACUACCUGUAUAACCUAUGCAUUAUUGUUACGCGCGACACUUGUAUUGAUUUAUUGACCUUAUUUCCUUUUUAAUACUCACCUACAUAAAAGUACUUAUAUAAUAAAUAAUAUGAUGAUACCUAAUAAUCGUAUUUAUAUUUUGUCAGAAAUAAACUCGUAGGUAUAUAGAAGCUAUUGCGCAAUCAGUAUAAUAUCUGUAUGCACGUUUGGCUCUGUAACACUGAAGUGGUUUGCAAGCCAAUGAUUUUCACGAAAAAAAACUUCGUUUAAAAUUACUCUUUUUGUUGUCAUGAGAUAUUAAUACGCUCAUCAAGUUUUUUUUGUCUCUGUCCUUUUCUGUUAUAAGUACUACUGUAUAGAGUUCUAUGGUUUGUCGGUAAUUAUGCGAAAACG